AUGGACCGUGCUGUUCUACCCUGUGGGGCUAUAGCUGGAGUUUCACUACUUGGCUGGAGUUGGUUGCAGGCGGAGGGCCCCAGGUUAGCUGCAAACACCCUGAUUCAUUUGAGCAGACCUUUGUGGCCAUUGGUGUUGGAAGAGCUCCUACCCGGGCAGCACUGGUAUCAGUCAGUAAUCUGGGUGGUACAAGCUAUUCUGGGGAUUCUCUAUUGGUUGCUGUGUUUAGUGGGCUCCAGCUUGGAGGCAUUCACUCGUUGCUGGCAGCAGGUUCUCACAUCUCGGCUUGGUGGAAGACAGCCACCAGGGCCUUGCACUGCAACAGAACAGGAAGGCGUCUUUACCUGGCAGGUGAUGGCAGUGGUGGCAGGGGCAGCUCCUUUGCCACUUGGCACAUUUGUGUUGGUGAGUAGACCCCCUGAAUGGGACGAGGUGCUGGUCAUAGGCUUCUCAGAAGACCAAACCAUAGCAUUAUGCCGUACAACUGUCACAGAUGGGACGGAUUGGGCUUGGGUGUUGGUUCAUAUGAAUGGUCUCCACUUGCGGUUGGUCCAUGUGGCGGCGGAUGGAUCCCACCGUGCUCCCCCUGGGGUAGACGAGAACCAUGUGAAUUGGAUUUGCAUUCCACCAGCGGGGGCACAGCCUUGGCGUCCUGGUGCUCCCGAAAUGGCCAACCGCACUGUGGAGGGCAACAUGAUCCUAACUCAAUACCGUAUGAACCCGGGCCAGUGGAUUGUCAAUCAGCCUGGGGUUUCAGGCGAUCUCCAACCUAUGGCUAUGCAGCUUCCUGGCCCAAUCGGUCCCGGCGGAGCAGGAGGCGGUGCUUUGGGUGGGGGGCCAGGAGGGGCUCCCGCGCUGGGUGUUGGCGCGCCACUAGGGGGCCAGACCCAGCUCCCAGACUUGAAAGCAUUAGAAGAUGCGGUAACGCAACUCCAAGCCAUGGCCCUCAGCCCAAGCUCUGCUCGCCAUGGCCGGGGCCGAUCCCAGAAGAAAGACAAGGAAAAGAAAAAGAAGAAGAAACGUUCCAAGAAGAAGAAGUCCCGGUCCUCAAGCUCUUCGAGCUCAUCCAGCCGUUCCCGAAGUGCAAGCGCGAGCAGUGGAUCCUCAGGGGGCAAGAAGAGGCCUCUCCGAUUGAGGGAGGAUGGCAAGGACCGCAAGGUCCCUUUGUCCAGCCUGACUCACGUGGAUCAGUUGAAACUGAAGAAGCGAGGGGAUUUAGUAGCCUUUGCAGCUCGUCACCCUGGAGCCCUGACUGCCCAUUUUCUGGCGAGUGUGUUCACAAGGCUUUCCAAAGGAUCCCUGACAAGGUCUUCCCAGUUGCGACAAGUGUCAGUCACAUCCUGGGCUCAUCAAUUCUCGGGCCUCACAGAGAUUCGAGACAUGAAGGAGGUGGCGACUUUGGCAGAGAUACUGGACAUGGUCAAUCGCAAGGAGAUUGCGCAGGCGUUGGACGUCCUCUGCCAGCGCAUUCUGGCCAUACAAGCAGCAAAGCAGAAAGGAGGCACAUGGGAAAGAGCAGAAGCCAUCGAAUUGGUGGACAACAGAAAGGCAUUGGCCAGCACGAGCAUGCUGGUUGGGCAGGCACUUGUUGCGGCUCUGAACUGGCCUGGAAGCGAUGGUGGAUUGCCAGCUCAGGUGCGCAGAACCUUUAGAAUUCUUGGGAAGCCUUGGUGCAUGGCGGAAUUUAAGACAGAGGGAAUUUCGAAGAAGGUUCUCGCUGCAGAGUCGCCGGCGCAUGUUUUCCCGUUGCCACCCAUGAGCAUGAAGGGGCAGCUUCUGUCUCUGGCUGAUUGUGGGAAUGACGUGGCACGGCAGUGCCUUUACUAUGGUGGGAAUCUCAUUGUGUCCGUGCUGAAUUGGUUGCAUGGAGGGCGUGAGGGGCAUCAUGAUGAAGUCCUUAGCGCAGCUCACAAGAGAGUGCAUGGCAGAAUAGCCAGCAUUCUCCAGGCUCAGGUGCUGACCGACGAGCCUGUUCUCAGCUCUCAGGGAGUUGACGCUUAUUUGCGGCAUUCACAGCUCUACAAUGGCAGUGGAGUUGUUUUAGCUUUGGGUGUGCGAGGCGGGGUACCGGACCGGGCCGCCGAUGUUCUUUUGGCGGAUCAUUUGGAACCUCAUUUUCCGGAGAUGAGCCAACAGAUUCGUAAUCCGACUAGAUUGUUGUUUGCAUCCCGAAAACGCCCCAAGUUGGUCAAACGUGGCUAUACAUGGUUGGCACCUUCCUACCCCGAGCUAGUUCGCAAGAAUGUCAAGGCAGGUCUUCAUAAACUCAAACAUCCCCAUCAAGUUGCACAGCAUCGGGGCAAACUGGUCUUGGCUGGUGCGUUUGCGGUUAUGAAGGAUGACAAGGAAGUCGCAGAUGGGCCCGUUGGCUGUGUGGGCCAGCUGUACACCUUCCAUCGCGGUGAGUUACCAAUUUGGGGUUCAAUUAUUGAUGAUAUUUGGGCUUUGGAUCACAAGGAAACCGCUGGUUGUCAACCGAUUGGGCCCUCGUGGCUGCAACGUGCGGAGGACAGCUGGUGUUUGCGCGGCGUUGAGCCGAACUCCAAGAAGUCAGUGAAUGCUGCAGAAGGCGAAGAGAUUCAGGGUAUUGGCCGGGCCUUUGGCAUUGUCCCAGAGGUGGUGGUGCGGACCCUGGCCAGAUAUACAGACCAUCAUAAGAUCUACACCAAUUUGUCACUUCCAUGGGGUAUUGGUUUGAAACAGCCUCACCAAUGUCCAAUGCGAAAAGUGCGAAUCCCUAAUGAGCGCAUCAAGUGGACCAAGAUUGGUAUCCCAUGGCAAUGCUCUCACAUCACCUUAGGUGAAGGUGAUGCGGCUUGCUGGACAGCAGAAGAUCGUCUCAGGUUUGAGUCUUCACCGCGGAAGGCUGAGAGCUCUGAGCUGGCUUCCGCUGAGCCGAUCAUUGAGAUCGCGGAGUUGGGGUUGCCGGGGCGAAAGGCUCCACGGCCGCUGCGGGCUAGAAGCAGUCCUUGGGUUCCACUAAGCUAUUGUGGUAAACAAGAACAAGCUGCUGUCAAUGUGGGCAGCGCGCUGUUUCUCAUCACGGUGGGACUCUUGGGUGAGAUAGCUAUUGGCGGUGGCUGGGUUGGCCUUGCGCACCCCGCUGACCGGGGUCGGGACCCUUACCCGUCCUUCUUCUGCACUGAGGAGGUAAAAUAUUUCAUGCGAAAGUUCAAGCUCAAGUACCAAGCACUAUGUGAUGCCAUUUGCACCUAG